AUGCUCUGGGCGCAGGCCUUGGCGCUUGGCUUGUACGUGGGCCUUGGGCAGCAGGUCGAGGACGAUGCCUUGCGCGUGCACUUCACGGAGCAAGCGCUGGUGCUUGAGGUCCGAAGCCAGGCUCGACAAGUGGCGGAAGGCUCCAGCUUUUCGAACCUUUCAGGGCCGCUGUCUGUCCUUCGGCUCUUGGAGUCCCAGCUGGCUGAUUUAAAGGGUCGAGACACCAUCGUUGAGCUCAAGGCCACACAAAACCUCACAGAGAUUCGAGCUGAGGCUGUUCAGCUCGAGUGCACUGCAGACCACUUGCUGGUGGAUCUGUCCAAGGUGCUCGAAGCUUCCGAGCGGCUGGCCCUGGCAGGGAACAGGACCACUGCCUUGGGGGAUGCAGUGAGGCAGUCCAGAAGCGAGAGCAGUGCACAUGCGGGGAGUGGAGCUCACAGCUGUGGCGAACGUCACCGUCUGCGCCGGCGCCUGCAACAACUGCACGAGGAGGCUCGCAGCACGGCCGCGGAGAAAGAAGACAUGGAAAGGCUCCUCGGCACGAUGCAGGUGCAUGUCUCCAGGAUCCGGGAGGAGGCCGUGCAAGGCCGGCGUGCGCUCAAUGCGACGCGGGCGCUCGAGGCUCUGGCUAGCAAGGAUGUUCUGGAGAAGGAGCAUGGCUACCAGAAGGCGUUGGAAGAGCUCACGCAUCUUAACGAGGUGGUACACGCAACGAGACGCCGGGAGCACCGGCAGUCAGACAAUGGUACCCCGAGAAACAGGUCCGAGCCCAACGUUGGCUCUGGAAACGCAUCUCGAGAAAGCGCGAGAGACGCGGCAGAGCGGGCGCGGGUGGUUGAGACGACUCCACGAUCCCGUAAUGACACAGACUUCGGUGUGGAGAAACUGAUACAAGUGCAUCUCUUGCGGGCGCAGAAGCCCGAUGAGAGCUUCCACAAGGGUCGGCAAGAUGCUCGAAAGACUCCUUGUCACAAGCAUAAAAGCUCACUGCCCGGUCAUGUAGAUGGCUUUCCGGCAGAACCGGAUCUCGGCAGUACGCCGGAAGUGAGCGCAGACAGCGCCGAGCCCGAAGAAGACCUUCCCAACCGGGCUGUUCCUGGAAAGCCUGAUCCGGCGAUCGACGCUGCCGCAGAAAGCAUUCACCCAGAGGACGCCCAGAAGCCGACAGUGGACUUGGCCAAGGGCCUCACCUGCCAUGCCUGCGGCCCGCCUCUUGUGGCCUCCACCACAGGACCAUCCUUUCCCGACUGGUACGAGGAGGCUGACUGGGGGGAGCUCUGGUCCGAGCAGGAGCGGCUUGCUCGGCAGCUCCCCGACCUCUACCGGCGAUGGGAGGCGGCCCAAAACCACUCUCGCGGCAUGCUCAAGGCGUGCCUGGUAGCAGAAGACGCUGAGCGCCAAUUGCGCGCAGCUGUGGACUAUCACUUGAAGGCCAUACAACUGGUCUCGGUGCAUUUCAACGCCACGAAGGCGAAGCUGUUGAGGCUCCGGGGGCGAGCGCGGAUUGCCCGUGAUGCACUGGAGCGGCUGCCUCGAUGCCGCCAUGCCGGCAAGAGGACAAGGCCCAGGCGCGAGGAUCUCGAGACGAAGCUGAAGGAGGACUUGCGGCACUUGUUUUUGCUGGGCUGGCUGAUCGCACAAGGCGUUGCGGCGGGCCAACACGAGCCCAACUCGAUGCUCGGCGGAAUAUGGUGGUAUCAGCGGGAUGCAGCUCUGGUCCAUGCCGCGACGACGGGGUCACAAGGCCGGGGCCCCGAGGUUGCCUCUGUGGUCCUCAAGAAGUUGACGAACGAAUGGAGCCCUUAG